AUGUAUUUCCUGUCAGUUGGAAAGAGGUCCUACAUAUGUAAGGAAUGUGGGAAAGCCUUUAGUCAUGCCUCAUCCCUCCAUAGACAUAGGCGAAGUCACGGUGGGGAGAGGCCUUAUGAAUGUAAGGAAUGUGGGCAAGGUUUUAGGCUUGCCGCACAUCUCACCAGACAUAGUCGAAGUCACAAUGGGGAGAGGCCUUAUGAAUGUGAGGAAUGUGGGAAAGGUUUUAGUCAUGCCUCAUGUCUCCCUGUCCAUGUAAGAACCCACAGAGGAGAGAGGCCCUAUGACUGUAAGCAAUGUGGGAAAACCUUUAGUUGUUCUUCAUCCCUUACUGAACAUACAAGAACUCACACUGGGGAGAGGCCUUAUGAAUGUAAGGAAUGUGGGAAAGCCUUUAUUCGUUUGUCAACCCUUACUGUACAUAGAAGAAUUCACAGUGGAGAGCGACCUUAUGUAUGUAAGGAAUGUGGGAAAGGUUUUAGUUGUGCCUCACAUCUCGCUAGACAUACGAGAAUUCAUAGUGGGGAGAGACCUUAUGAAUGUAAGCAAUGUGGAAAAGGUUUUAGUUGUUCCUCAAAUCUCACUAGACAUAUGCGAAGUCACAGUGGGGAGAGACCUUAUGAAUGCAAGAAAUGUGGGAAAGGUUUUAGUCAUGCCUCUUGUCUCCCUGUCCGUGUAAGAACUCACAGAGGAGAGAGGUCUUAUGAAUGUAAGCAAUGUGCAAAAGCCUUUAAUUGUUUCUCAUCCCUUACUAAACAUAGAAGAACUCAUAGUGCAGAGAGGCCUUAUAAAUGUAAGGAAUGUGGGAAAGCCUUUAUGCAUGCCUCAUCCCUCACUACACAUAUGCGGACUCACAGUGGAGAGAGGCCCUAUAUAUGUAAGGAAUGUGGGAAAGCCUUUAGUUGUUCCUCAACCCUUACUGUACAUAGAAGAAUUCACAGUGGAGAGAGGCCUUACAUAUGUAAGGAAUGUGGGAAAUCCUUUCGUUGUUCCUCAUCCCUUAGUGGACACAGAGGAACUCACAGUGGAGAAAGGCCUUAUGAAUGUAAGGAAUGUGGGAAAGGUUUUACUUGUGCCUCACAUCUCACUAGACAUAUGCACAGUCACAGUGGGGAGAGGCCUUAUGAAUGUAAGGAAUGUGGGAAAGGUUUUAGUCGUGCCUCACAUCUCACUAGACAUAUGCUUAGUCACAGUGGGGAGAGACCUUAUGAAUGCAAGGAAUGUGGGAAAACCUUCCGUCAUGUCUCAUCCCUCAAAAUACAUAGAAGAAGUCACAGUGGUGAGGUCUUAUGA